AUAUACAACAUUGGCAUGCUGGUUGACAUACACACUGCUAGAAAGCACUUGAGAGAGAAAGAUCCAGACAGAGGAAGAGAGAGGUUAUGGACCUGCCAUCAGGUGUCUACAGAGACACUGAGGACAAACCCAUCACAAUCAGCACAGUACAGCUGUGAGAAGAAGCAGAAAACACGAGAAGAGAACCAUUUGAUGGAAGAUAAGAAAAAGAAAAGGCAAGAAGAGAAGAAAAAGAAAGAAGCUGCUCAGAAAAAGGCCACAGAACAGAUAACCAAAGACAACUGUGAACUCCCUCUCGUCAAAGUGCCAGACUCUGCCAAGCUCGACCCCACCCCUCCUCUUCCCCCCGUCAACCCCAGUGCCGUCCCAUCUGUACCCCCAAGCAGUGGCAAUGGCAAGCGUGCCCCAUCCGGAGGUCAGCCGCAGACAGCACAGCAGCCCCAGACUCCGCUCCAGCAACGCUACCCACCCAGAGAGGUGCCCCCGCGCUUCCGACAACAGGAGCACAAGCAGCUGUUGAAGAGGGGCCAGCCUCUGCCCACCGGGACCCUGCCUCUCACCACAACGAGACGUCCCGCCACUACUGAACCUGCAGCAGCAGUAGCCAUACACUCCUCUCCCUCCUGCUCCUCUUCCUCCACAGCCAGCCUGCCUACAGAACUGCCCCCACAGAGCGGCCAGGGAGCGCAGUAUGAUAAUCCCCUCUGGGGACACCUGCCAGCCAACCGGAGUGCCACAAGUGCUGCAUCUUCCACCAAUCUCAGUGGCUGGGAUCAACUGAUCAUUGACCAGAAGGACACAGAGGCUUGGCCUUCUAUUACCCUCAGCCAGAGCCAGGCCACUCCAGGAGGAUGCCCUUUGGACACUGACCCCGGUCGCCUGACCAGCAGCAGCAGCAGCAGCAGCAGUAGUACUAGCAGUAGUUGUAGUACAGUGAGUAUGGCCACUGGGGCCAAUAGCCAGACAGGCCACUUCUCUGCCAACCAUCUUAGCAGCAAGGCCAACAGUGGGCCCAGCCCUGCAAAUCAUACUGGAACCAGCAUGCUCUCUAGCCAGGUUGCAGCAAAUCGCAGCUGGGGCUCUGGGCCUGGACCCUCCCAUUGCCCCCCUCAGUCCUCAGCGGGGAAUGAAGGGAAGAGUGACAGCCCAGUGGGGGGAGGAGGCAGCAGGGGCUGGGGCUCUUCUUCAUCAUCCUCCAGCACCAACUUUAACUUGAACCUAAACCCUAAUGCCAACCCUUCUGCCUGGCCCAUGUUGGGGCAUGAUGGGGGUGGCACAGGGGGAGGCAGCUCAGGGGGAGCCAACACCAUUUCACCUCCUCAACCUACACCCAACCUCUGUAAUCCACCUGGCCCCCAACCAGCCCAGACCAGCACCUGUACCGGAGCCAACACUAACAGCAACUCCUCGGGGAUUGGCAGCGCCUGGGGUAACAUAAUGACCUCUGACACGUCAGAGCCACACUCCUCCCCGUCCACAAAUGUGUCUUUCAGUUCAGAACCUCAGAACCUUAAAACUGAUGGACCAAAUCACACUAAUAAGCAGGAACCCCCCAGCCCCAUCCGCAACUUGCCUGGCUGGGGUAGUGCACCUGUAAGCUUGGGUUCCAUGGCCCAGCCCCCACCAGGGGGCCCACAGGUCAAUGGAGAAGAAGGUAGCUCAGUAUGGGGUAACAGUGGCGACUCAAAGGCACCUUCAUCUAAGGAGGCACCUGGUUGGGACUCUGGCUGGGGCUGUGGAGGAGGUGGAGCAGGAAACUCUGGAAGCUGGGGUGACCAGUCAGGUGGAGGCUGGGGGAAGCAGCACACUGAAGAGGCCCAGGGAGGCUGGGAUGCCCCCAGCUCUCCUCCUCAGGAUCCACAGGCUAGUCCUUGGAACAGAGCUGUGAGCACAGCUGGUGCCAGUGAAGGGAGCAGUGACAGCAUCGAAGGACAUCCCCGGCACAGAGACCGCUCAUCCAGUGAUAAUCCAGCUCCCCUGCUGCCUGCCCAGGAUCUGGACCCCAGGGUGUUGUGUAACACUGGCUGGGGACAGACCCCUGUUCGCCAGCACACCUCCUGGGACAUGGACAAUACUAAACGCAAGAAUGAUGUAGGCGCUGAAUCAUGGGGCUCUGGCCCAACCACUCCAAGCGAUGCCCAGGGGCCCUCCAACACUAACCUGGGCCCCUCUCAGAGGACUGACCCUGGGAGCAAAAAUGAUGUGCCUGGUUCUCAAGGAGCUUCAGGUUGGGGGGGGAGCAUAGCUGCUACCAACCAGUCUAGCUCUGGUUGGGGAGAGCCACCCAACAACAUUAAGCCCCCAAGUGGCCCUGGUGGCUGGGGGAACCCUCCAGCAGGAGGCCCCACCACCAAUAUACCGAAGAAUGGGGGUCAGUCCUGGGGAGAGGAGAAGUCAGCUGGGUGGGAUGAAUCUCACAUCAAGGCAACAUCCCAGGGCUGGGGAGAGCAACCCAAAGCAUCCCACAGCUGGGGCAAUCGUGGAGGGAGCAGUAAUGCAGGAGACUGGAGAGAACCAGAAGAGAGCAAAAAGAGUCCCACCAACCCUGGGUGGGAGGGAGAAGCAGGAGGCUGGAAGGAAAACCCACGAGGCUGGGGAAUGUCUUCUUCAGGACCUGGGAUAUCUGGAGCUGGAGGAAAUGGAGGCUGGGGAGAGCCAGUUUGCCAGCGUCCCAGUGGCCUUCCCCAAGGUUGGGGGGGCAAGCCUCAGGAUGGGCCCAGUGGUAAUAGUGAAGGAGGGAGCAUAGGCUCUUGGGGUGGCUCAGGCUCAGUGAAGCAGAGUGGAGGCUGGAGUGGCAGUAAGCAGGAGUCCUCAGCUGAGGGUGAGCCUACAGGCUGGGAAGAGCCCUCUCCACCUUCAAUCCGACGUAAGAUGGAGAUAGAUGAUGGGACCUCAGCUUGGGGUGACCCUGUUACCUACAACAAGGCAGUCAACCUGUGGGACCGGAACAAUCCGGGAAUGCCCCAGGCUAAAGUUACCACUGGAGGCAAUAACCCCCCAGGUCCCAAGAACAACCAUCCCCCCUCUCACAAUCACCCCUAUCACGGGCCGCCUGCACCUUUACAGAACCACGCCCAAAACUCCCAAAACCCAGGACCCACCAGUGGGCCCAUGGAUCCUGUUGUCCAACAUCAGUCUGGGCCAUCUCACAACAGGGGUCCCCUGAUAGCUCAAGGUUGGGGAGAGCGACCCAGCUCCCACACAAAAUCAGAGAGCACUUGGGGGGAACCUGCACCCCCUCCGGUCAGAGUGGACAAUGGGACGUCUGCCUGGGGAAAACCUACCGGGAGCUGUGGGGGCUGGGGAGACAGCAACCCAGACAGCUAUGGCAGGGGCAACCCGACGAUGACAUCUGCAUCUUGCAAACCUGCCCCCAAAUCUAUGCAAGACGGAUGGGGAGGUGGAGGUGAAGAGCUGAACUUGUCGGGAGGUCAGUGGGAUGCUGAGGAGGGAGACAUGUGGAACAGCGCUGCCUCCCAGGAGAGCAACUCCUCCUGUAACUCUUGGGGCAAUGCAUCUAAAAAGAUCCCACAGAAGGGAAAGGUCCCAGGGAAGCAAGAAGAUGCCUGGAUCAUGAAUCGUCUCAUCAAACAGCUGACAGACAUGGGCUUCCCAAGGGAUCCAGCAGAGGAGGCUCUGAAGAGCAACAGCAUGAACCUGGACCAGGCCAUGAGUGCCCUGCUGGAGAAGAAGACGGAGCUGGACAAGCGGGGGAUGGGGAUAGCCGGCCACGACUACAACAACGGGCUCAUCAACAAGCCCAUGAGCAGCCCUCGGCCUCCGCUUCUUUCCAAAGACCCCUCGGCAGACCCCCGCUUGCCCUUCAUGGAUAAGCAGAUGCAGAGUGGAAUGUUUGGCGGCGGUGGAGCAGCACAAGCCCGGGCCAUGCAGCAGCCGCAGCCGCCUCCUCAGCCGCCAGUGCCGCCUCUCAGUUCCUCUCAGCCUAGUCUACGUGCUCAAGUGCCUCAGUUUCUCUCCCCUCAGGUUCAAGCACAGCUCUUACAGUUUGCAGCAAAAAACAUUGGUCUGAAUCCUGCACUUUUAACCUCACCAAUAAACCCUCAACAUAUGACCCUUCUGAAUCAACUUUACCAGCUGCAACUGGCAUACCAGCGUUUACAAAUUCAGCAGCAGAUGUUGCAGGCACAGCGCAACGUUUCUGGCCCCAUUCGACAACAAGAGCAGCAAGUUGCACGUACAAUCAAUAACAUGCAGCAGCAGAUCCAACAGCACCAGCGUCAGCUGGCCCAGGCCCUGCUAAUGAAGCAGCAGCAACAGCAGCCGCCCCCCUCCCACUCUGGCCUGCAUCCUGGCGGGGCCAAAUCCCCCCUGGAUUCAUUUCCAGGUCACCCCCAGGCUCCAGGCCUCCCUGACCUGCAGACCAAAGAGCCGCAGUCAUCUCCGAACACCUACAGCCCCUACUCUCUCUCUGGACUGAAUCCAAACAUGAAUGUAAACUGCAUGGAGGUGGGAAGUCUGUCUAUGAAGGAACCCCCCCAGCCUCAGUCGCGCCUGUCGCAGUGGACGCAUCCCAACUCCAUCGAAAGCCUCUCUGGAAGCUCAUCUCCUCUGGAGCCCAACCUGGGCAAGCAUGGUGAGAAGAGAAAGGGAAUCCCGGGUGCCAACCUGGGCCCCCCUAGUAAGCCCCAUCAGCUGGAGGACUCUUACAGCCCCUACAAUCUGAUGUCCAGCUCAGAGUCUCCUACCAGCCCCCUGGUCCCCCCAGACAGCUGGGGGCAGGGCAAGAGCAGCAGUGAUAAGAUGGCCAAUGGGACCAAUAUCAACUGGCCACCAGAGUUCUGCCCCGGCGUUCCCUGGAAGGGCCUCCAGAAUAUCGACCCUGAGACAGACCCCAACGUGACCCCCGGCAGUGUCCCCAGCGGGCCCACCAUCAACACCAACAUCCAAGAUGUCAACCGCUACCUGCUGCGGGACAGGAGUGGAGGCUCCUCUCCCACUUCAUCUCAGAACGAGGCUCUGCCUCCCUCCACUGAUUGGCCAGUCAGUGCCUACACUAGCUCGUUCAGUCUGUCGUCCCCGGAGACGGACGAUGCAGGUAAACUGUCAGAGAUGAAAUCUACUUGGUCUCCAGGCCCCAUUUCUCACAGCCAGGCCUCUCUGUCCCACGAGUUGUGGAAGGUCCCCCAGGGCCCCCGGAGCAGCAACACGGCCCCUUCCCGCCCCCCGCCUGGCCUCACCAACGCCAAGCCUUCCUCAACCUGGGGGGGCAACUCCCUGGGUCUGGCCCAAGGCUGGAGCAGCUCUUACACCACAGCAGGUACCACGUGGAGUACAGACAGCUCCACCAGGACCAGUAGCUGGCUGGUUCUGAGGAACCUUACUCCACAGAUUGAUGGUUCGACUCUGCGUACACUGUGCAUGCAGCACGGCCCCCUCAUCACAUUCCACCUCAACCUGACACAGGGCAACGCUGUGGUGCGCUACAGCUCCAAGGAUGAAGCUGCCAAGGCUCAGAAGUCCCUGCACAUGUGCGUGCUCGGGAACACCACCAUUCUGGCAGAGUUUGCUGGGGAAGAGGAAGUGAACCGCUUCUUUGCACAGGGCCAGUUGCUUGGCGGAACAACCAGCUGGCAGGCCACUCCAGGCACCAAUCAGACGCGGAUGGGUGGGUCCGUGUCCGGAGCCUCCCAUCCCAUCGGUCACUCACCCCACUGGAACAACAACAACGGCAGCAGCAGCAAUAGCAGUGGCCUGGGAACAGGCGGAGCAAAGACGGGCGGAGAGUUGCUGUGGGGUGGCGUGCAGCAGUAUUCCAGCCUGUGGGGACCCCCGAGUGGAGAAGAGGGACGGGUCAUGGGGAGUCCCACCCCAAUCAAUACGCUGCUGCCUGGGGACCUGCUGAGUGGGGAGUCCAUGUAGGACGGAAGAGCCCAGGCUUAACAAACACCAACAGGAGCAAAAACCUUGCAAAUCAUUGUGGAGAUAAUCAGUGUGGGUGUAACGGUGAAAAGGAGAGACGAGAGGAGGGCGAGGCUACAUCCUCGCUGCUCACCCUCGCCAACCUCCUCGACUCCAUUUCGUUUUUAAUGACAUUUCAGUUGCGGUUCUCUUGUGAAUCUCAGUGAGAGAUUUUGGUCACAGCGUUCAGCUCUUACUUUUGGAGACACAGGAAGUAGUCUUUCAUUCAACAAAGAAAGAGAACUUUUUACAGAAAUGAACUUUUGAGAACUCACCAUGUGAAACGUACUUUAGUCAAACUGACACAAUGACGAGCUGCCAUCUUUAAACUUGCGUAAUCCCUCUCGGCCUUUUGAGGCAAUCAUACUGCACCUCAGAUAUCCAUCGAAAGGCAUCAUUCCCAAAGUAAAACCCUUCAAUCAGAGUGGUUGUCGAACUUUCAGCUGGUCCAGACUCAACAUUUGUUUCUCUCAGCACUAAUAUUAGCCUUAACCUCUUUCCUGCCCUGCUAUCCUCACUCACUCUGUACUUGGUGAAGAAGCAUACGGACAAUUGCACACCCUUAUUUCUGAGCCAGUGAAACCUGAGUGGAGAGUACAUGCUGCUGCGGCUUAACAUAAGCAACUACAGCUCACAACUUCAGUGCAUUUUUGCAAGCAGAUUGAGUUCCCCACACAACGCUCAAAGGGAAUGAUGCAACUCUGUUCGCCGUGUUCAAGCCAUGUCUUUUUGUAGUGGUUUUUGUUUUUUUAUUUUUCUUCUUAAACCAUUGCAAACAAAGCUAAGAACUGAUAUUUUUCAAAUGUGUCUGUCAAUCUUAAUUGGAGGGUGGAGAGUUUUGGGGGGUCGUCGCGUGUACAGUUAUAGACGUGAUGGAUGACAAAAUUAACCACUGCUAUUACUAUGGAACUGUAAAGACAAAUAUUUCGAUGCACCUCAACUCAUCUGCGGGCAACUCGCAGUUUGGUCUCAGUCUUGGACCCUCUCACUGAUGUUGUGGAAAACCUCAAGUCGUAAAUGUUUCCCACCGGCGUGUAGUCAAUGACCCCACUCCACCCGCAAAAACACCAAGUGACGUGCAAUAUAAGCCACAGACUUUACCGUCCAAGCACCCUACCAUGACCUCUCAUGGAAAGAGAGGAGACUAUAAGGAAUGAUUGAACUGCAAAAGCUCUAUCUGUCCUGUAACACCCCCGACCCCUCCACCCUAAAACUGCCACUACUACCCUUCAUUUCCCAAGAGUGUGUGAGCUCAGGAGAGUAGCAAGCUGGUCUUCAACCACCUUCUGUCCAAGAUACAAGGACGUACACACAAAGCACUUCUUCAGCCAGCCUACUCUCCACACUUAUGCCAGUGACUAGUUUUGGGGGAGAAGGAGGGACAGUGUGUGUGUGUGUGUGUGUGUGUGUGUGUGUGUGUGUGUGUGUCUGUUUCUGUGUGUGUAUGUGCGUGCGUGCAUGCGUGUGUGUAUGUGUGCUUGGGGAGAAGGCAUCAAACCAAAAUGAGAUGAGCCUGUUUUCCUUUUUACCCAGAAGACCAGAUGAACUUUUUUUUCUUUUUGCCCAAAUUUGCGUAGGUAGAAAAGUAUGAAGCAAACAUUUGUGAAUAGGUGGUCUAUCAUAGCACUUAGCAAGGGCGUCGCAGCUCGUUAUACCCUUAAUGCCAACGAAUAGAAAAAUGAAGAAGCAACACUGGCAAAUAAAAACUGAAAAAACAAAGACAAAAAAAGCAAUCUGCUUAGUGGCUUCUCUAUAUACUUAUUUUUUAACUUAACAUGGAUGUGAAGAUGUUUUUUUUGUUUGUUUGUUUUUUCAAUCCUUCUUCCCUCAAGUCGGUGGGACCAGGAAGGAUGUCAAACAUGGUAGCAAAGUGAAGGGAAAUACAAAGAAAGAACUAACUCAACUGAUGAUGGGUGCAACAGGGAAAGACCCCAAAGCACUCAUCCUCACCCUCUUUAUCAAAGUAAAUAUCACUGUUACAUUGCAUACUUUGAAAUCUUUAGCCUUGGUGUCUGGAAACGCUCGACGUGUUUAUGUUUUACUGGGUCCAGCAGGGAGGAUCGGCAUCUUUAUCGUCCUUUUUUUUUUUUUUUAAGUGUUCUUUCUUUUGGAGGCCCUGCCAACCUGUGUGAUAGUGUGGCCACUGAGUGCCUGCCUGCUGCAGAGUGCAGUGCUCUGCAGCAGCCCUCACCCCACCCUCCCGCUCGCUUGCUGCCUCCCUGCAGAUCCCUACAGACUGCCCCCGGCCUCCAGGCCAAGAGCAGCUCUUUCAGAACUGGCCCACCUGUAUUAAAUUUACUACUACUGCUGCGCCAGAGUCUGUCCUCAGCAACCUCCAACUCCACUCUCUCUCUGUCUCUCUCCUGCAAGGAUCACUUUAGCCAGAGAUGGAGGCGUUUGAUGUGUUAUGUUUGUUUUUUUUCUUGGUUUCACUUAUGGAAUUGCCAGUGUGCAUUUUUAUUUUAUUGUUGUCAUGAAGUUUGCUGAUAUUGUUGCUGUUAUCAUUGAUGAUAUAGAUAAUGAUUGUUUCCUGAUUCAUGGCUUUUUUAAUAUUGGUCUUUAUGCAGUGUUCAGCUUCUCUCCUGCCCCUCCCACUGCCUCAGAGGCCGAAGCAGUGUGUAGUUUAGAGGUACGCUUCAGCCGUGCAGCAAGGCCAUACAAAACACUGCAGAUGUCUGUAGAAAAGGCUGGUGGGGGAGUUCUUUAUGUGGGGUUAUUGGAGUCCGACGGGGGCUUUGAAGAGUCAAAUAAAGUGGGGAAAGGUAGUGUAGUAAAAGGUUCUCCAGGAUAGUGAGCCAACUUCCUCUGUCCAUCCUGGAGCGCUCAACCUCUGCUCUAUGUUGUCUCAUAACACACACAUCCGUGUUGAUGGGCCUCACUCACACUGGUGCUUUAUGUUUAACUCUGGGAGCACUCAGUUACACUUAGAACCACCUCAACUUAUAACAGCCUUCCAUUUCUAUGCAAAGACAAGGAGGUGUUCGUUCACAGCCAUCUAGAAAAUCACAGCCAUCCCCCACAUCUGCCAAUCUUCGCUUAUCUCUCAACUUUUAUUACCAGGCAGCUUCCCUUGAAAACCUCCCUGGUUAAAAUGUAAGGGGCACCAAAAGAGCCUCUCUUCAAGGAUUUAGUCUCCCACUGUGUGGACAGAGCUACUAGAUAACACUAAAUGACCUGCUGGAGGCACUAGUGGUUGGCAAACAGAGUAACUUCUUGUCUUGUGCCAACUGAUCUACAAAUAUCUACUUCCACCUCGCCAUAUCCUAAUUUAUCUUUAGCGUGACGAGACUUAAGUUUCUUUUAUUGCUGCAGGGGUGUACACCACAAGCUCCAGCUGUAGGAGGCUUGAGGAGUAGAAGGGCAGGACAGAUGAAUGGUGCUGGUCUUUCACCAACAGGGGACUGGAAAUUUAGUGGAGAACCAGGCUGGGGGGGGGUCCCUAUAGUCCCUAUAGUCUCUAUAUGUGUCUGUGCACUGUUUAUGGGUCACAUCGGGUACAUCUCUUUAAAAACCAAAUACAUCUUUUUCUUUAUCAUCAAGGUUUUCGCAGAAACUAGAAACUACAAAAAAACGUCUGUUUCAGCUGUGCACUCCAAGGCUGAGAUGCCUGUGUUCUGUUUCUCUGCAAGCUGCCGCCUUCUCACCCCAUCUGGGCUCGUUCUCUGGGCCACAUGUGGGAAAGCUGUAUCCAGGUGGUUCAUUUUGGACCUCCAACCUGAAGGUCGCGCCAGCUAAUAUAUAACAGGUCAUUUCUGCACAUCUGGCUUUGGGGGUCAGGGUCCAAGCAGGGACCCAGUGUAUCAGCAGAAAUAGGGACACACCUCAAGUUUGGUACCAAGUCUUAAAACUUUUGGGAUUUGCCCUCUUCCAGAGUCGCUUUAGACUCACUUCAUUCAACAAAACAAUCACUAUUGCCUGUGUUGUCUGUCUGUGUGUUUGUUUGUUCCUGAAAACCUGCAUUUACUCCACACUGGACUUUAAUCAAGGAACUGGCGUUGAAGCUGGGAGUCGAAUAGAGUGGGAGGAUGGGUGACUGGGACGGAGGUCGAGUCUCAGAUGUGCCCUGGAUUUCUUGGCGCAGCACCAGCGCUGAGAGCCCCGGCCCCUCCCACACCCCUCGCCUGCACUCUUAUCUACCUGUCUAGUGUUGGAAAUCAGAUGCUCUCCCUUUUUUAAAGUCACACGGACUCAAAGGCAACUGGAGCUCGAGCAAAAUAUGCUUCUCAAUCAUGGAUCAGACAAGGGUGUGGGGCAGGGACCCCAAAAAGAGUUGAAUUAGCAAAUCUCUCUUUAAAAAAAAAAAAAAAAAAAAAAAAAAAAGGCCUGGGUUGAAUAUGCACAUGCUAGUUCAUA